GAUUUUGCAACCUUCCCUUAGGGCUUCUCGUUUGCCGUCCUCCUCUUCUUCUUUUGGCGUCUCCCGUGAACGGCCUUCACCGGCGUCGACUGCUGCGCUUCGAUGGCUACCGCCAGGAUCGAGGAGGCUAUCGCAUCGAUCCCGGAGAAGAAAGAAAGCCUCCGAAGGGCGUUGGAAGCCCUCCGGACCCACCUCUCCUCCUCCUCCCCCUCCCCCUUCUCCGUCCCGGAAUGGAAGGACCUCGACGCCCACAUCUCCUCCGUCGAGGCCUCCAUCCGCCUUCGCUUCCAAGCCCUCCUAGCCAAGGAGGCCGCCCAGCCCUCCUCCUCCCCCUCGGACUCCAAAGAAAAGCCCUCUAACGAGUGGCAGCCUCAUGCCAACCCCGAGCCUGAGGCCGUCCCGAGGCCGCAGCUCACAUCCCUCUGCGUCAACAUGGACGGAAAGGACCUCGUCUCCUUCAUCGCCCGGAACCGCAAGGACCUCGGGGCCAUCCGCAGCGAGCUGAACCCCGCCCUUCGAUCAGCCCCGGACCCUGCCAAGCUGGUCCUCGACGCUAUGGACGGCUUCUUCUCGUCCCCUCCUCCCCCGCCCAAGGGCGACAAGAAGGGUGACAAGGACGCGGAUGCGCUGGCGACCAGGAGGACCUGCAUCAACCUCCUGGAGCGCAUCCCGGUGAUCGGCCCAGAGAUUGGGCCGUCCGUGAGGGACCAGGCCAAGAAACUAGCGACCGAGUGGAAGGGGAAGGUGACGGAUGGCGGGCGCGAGAACGGCCUCGAGGCCAUGGGGUUGCUGCAGCUCCUCGUGUCAUAUGGGUUGGCAUCGGAGUUUAAGGUCGAUGAACUCUUGGAUCUACUCAUUUUAGUUUCUCGUAGGAAGCAGGCUGUGGAUCUCUGCAAGAGCUUGGGUCUCACCGAAAACGUUCCUGAACUUAUUGAAAGACUGAAUAAUAAAGGGAGGCAACUUGAUGCUGUAAAGUUUGUGUAUGCUUUCAAUUUAGUGGAGAAAUACCCACCUGUUCCUCUUCUGAAAGCGUAUAUAAAAGAAAUUAAGAAGGCUGCCCAAGAUGUCAGAAAUAAGGGAAACAAUUCAUCUGAAUCAGAGAAUGUGGCUACCUCGAAAGAACUUGGUGCAUUGCGAUCUGUAAUUAAAGCAGUUGAGGAAUACAAGCUUGAGUCCCAGUAUCCUCGUGAAUUUCUUGAGAAGCAAGUUGCAAAACUGGAGAAACGGAAGGAAGAAAAAAAGCGGAAUGUGGCAGCAGCAGCAGCUGCUUCAAAUUUCAAGAUUCAGAAGCAGCAACAUCCUAAUAAACGCCCCCGGCCAACUGCUACCACAUCAAAUGGCAUCACUGGACAAUCUUUGCCUCCAGGGAUAACAAAACAGCCCCAAUUUGGUUUAGCUGACCCAUCUCCACAUAUGGGUUUGGCCGGGGCGUAUGGUUUUGCUUCUUCUGGUUCCUUGUACAACAAUGCAAGCAUUUCUGGAUUUCGAAGUCCACCCAGGUCCUAUCUUUACUCAUCGGAGUCUCUGGCUGGCACAAGUGGUUUCUAUGACAGGCCAGUGAAUUAUACUGGUUAUCCCGGUUCUCGAUUGCCUCCACCUUACAACUCAUCUUUAUAUCCUUAAAAUAUCAACUUCUCUGAUGGUUUCUGUAAUUAUACCCUGAUCAAGUUUUUGUUAGGUGGAAUCUUGCAGUGUUUUUAGCUUCGCAGUUAAUAUACUUCCAGAAAAGAAAAGUCUGUAGUGCACCAGUGUAUGCAAUAUCCGCUAGUCUCUACAUGAUUCUCAUCCACAACUUAUUUGUAGCUACAAAUUGUGUUUGUGAACUAAAUAGUUGCAUACAUAUGUGCUGUAGUGACCUGCAAUUCAAAGGAUUUUGGUUGGAAGUUCCAAGUAAACUUCCAACAAUUCAAAUGCCAUCUGUGUGGCAACAAAGUGGGUGUAGGUUUACUUUUGGUGCUGUUUUACUUCGUCUGCAUGGGCUGUGUGAGCAAAAAUUUGGUGUAAACUUGAGUUGUUUUUGCUGAUUGGAAUGCAAGGAAAUGAUUCGCGGA